AUGACAUCAGCUAAGAAUUAUUGGCAUCGAGCUCUUCUCGGCUACGAACUUGAAAAAUCUAUAAAUCUGCCUGUUGAUCGAAAACUUCCCUUCAAUGCGAUUCGAACUGGUCAAGGAUUUAGCGUGGAAAUAAAUUUUAACAGUCACAUUGGCAAGGAACUUAUUGACUGUGCAUCACAGUCAAACGCCACCCUUUAUCAAGUGUGUCUUACAAUAGUUUAUAUCUUUCUAUUCAAGUUAACCGGUGGUCAACGCGAUCUUCUUAUUGGCAUAGUACAAGCCAAUCGUUAUCGACCAGAACUUCAACGAAUUAUAGGCAUGUUCGUAAACACUCUUCCCAUGCGCAUUCUUGUCGAUUCACAACUUACUUUCGAACAAUUACUUUGUGAAGUAUCCACUAUGAUGUUCGAAACACAACCACACUCGAAUUUACCCUAUCAAACUAUUCUUGAACAACUUUCAAUCCAGAAACAGCAGCAACAGAACUUAAUUCAAACUAUGUUUACUUUAGAAGAGCAGCAUUCGCAAUUUAUUCGACUCGGCCAUGAUAGUAUAAUUGAACCGUGGUCCACGUCUAGUUUGGUCGAUAAUCUCGUUUCAAUCGGAAUACCAACUAACACGGUGGCUAUGUUUGAUCUAUCACUUUCAUUUGAAUACAUGGCGAAUACACAUUCAUUACGAGGUGAAAUAAUUGGUUCAUGUGACCUUUUUGAUUCACCUACGAUCGUGAAUAUUGCUCGACGAUUCCAGUUCAUUGUUGAACAAUUGUUCUCACCUUCAUCGAUAACUAUGGCGAAGAGAGCACACUCAAUCUCUGAUCUGUCAUUGGUUUUACCUGAAGAAAUAGCAGAAGAUAUACACAACUUAAGAUCCAUAUCAAAAAAUAAAAUGGAUCUCACAGCCCGUGCCUCCUUCGCUCAAUCGCGUAUUUGGCUCGACGAACAGAACACUACCGAUUCACAAGUAGCUGUUAACAACAUGCCAUUUGUCUACAAGAUCACAGAAGGAAUCCUAUCAAUUGAACGUCUUCGACAUGCUCUUCAACUCGUUGUUCUCAAGCAUGCUUCACUUCGAACAUCACUGUUCUUUGAUUCUAUAACAAAAUGCUUGAUGCAACGCAUCAUUCAUCCUGUUGACAGCAAGGAAGAGUUAUUUGGUUUUGUGCAGAGUACAUUGGAUAGUGAUAUCGACCUGAAAACUAUGCUGCUCGAUGAGCGACGUAAUCUAUCGUAUUUCAAUUUGUCGAACGGUCGUGUAUUUCGUGUUCAUCUGAUUAGAAAGGAAACCGGUAAUCAAGAUUCGCUUGGAACUGGAGAUUUCGUGAUUUUCAAUUUUCACCAAGCGAUAUUCGAUAUUUCAUCAUUUAACCUAUUUCAUCGAGAUCUUUGCGAAGCAUAUGACCGCGAAACAAUAUUGCCAGUCGAUGUUAAUGAUUUCGAUUACAAUGAUUAUGCUAUCGCUGAACAAGAUAUGUUAAUGAAAACCGCUAGUGCCUUCUGGCACGAGACAAUGUUUGACUUCGAUUGGAAUCGUCUUAUUAACUUACCAAUAGCUCAUCAGCGUAGUUCUGAUGAGCAACAGACUAAGUAUCAUCUAACGAAAGAACUAAGUAAUUAUGUUUCAAGACCCAGUGUCACUUGCUGCAUUCAUCAGCAAUUCGUCAAACAAGCAAUGAUGCAUCCUCGUAAAGUGGCUGUUACACUUGAUGAACAAUCUUUAACUUAUGAAGAACUACUAGCUCAAGUCCAACGACUAGCAUUUUUUCUCAUCAAUAGUCAAGGUGUACAACCAGGCGAUAUUAUUUGUCAGUGUGUUCAUCGAAGUAUUGCAAUGAUUAUAGGUAUUCUAGGUAUUUUGAUGUCAGGUGCUAUCUAUGCGCCACUAACUCCAACUGAUCCUUUUGAUCGUCUACAAUCACUUAUUCAUCAAGUUGAUGCUAAGCUAGUGCUUGUCAAUCAAAACUCACCUUCACAUUUGAAUCGAUUCGAUGUACCCAUUGUCGACAUCUCAGAAAUACUUGACUGUCCUGUCCGUCUCAACGAUGCUCAGAUUGAACAGCUAUCUCAAGUUGUCGUCACACCACAAUCGAUUUCUCAUAUUGUGUUCACAUCAGGAUCAACGGGUCUUCCAAAAGCUGUCCAACUUCGUCAUCGCAAUUUGUUGGCCAACAUAAAAACUCAUAUCAUCGAAGAAAAUGAUGUUGUUCUUCAGCUCUCAAGUUCUUCUUUUGAUUCUCAUUUGGAUGAUAUUGGUGGUGCACUUCUUCAAGGUGGUCAUUUAGUUCUUCUCAAAGCUGGAGGUCAUCUUGAUUUCGAUUAUAUGACAAAAGUGAUUUAUGAGAAGAAUGUGACUUAUGUUGGACCUGUGCCAUCUUGGAUCGGUGCUUUAAGUGAAUUUCUUAGUGAGAACUAUCAUGCUCGAGAAAGAAUUAGACAAGUGCAUUGGUGGUACUUAGGAGGUGAACAAUUGUUGAGCUCAACAAUUCGUCAGCUUUUACCUUUCAUCAGUGAAGAAAGUCGUAUUUUUAAUCUUUAUGGACCUGCAGAAACUACAGUGGUGACUACCUGCUAUGAGAUUCAUCGCAACGAUCUUUCUACAAUCAUUUCAUUGCCCAUUGGUCGUCCACUGCAAGGAUAUCGAAUUUAUCUUCUUGACGAAUAUCGACAACCAGUAAUACCCGGUAAAGAUGGUGAAAUUAUCAUUGGAGGUGUUGGUGUGUUUGCUGGUUAUUAUGGACGAAUGGAUUUGACGAGACAAGUUCUGAUUGAGAUGGAUGGUGAGCAAUUCUAUAUGACUGGCGACUUAGGUCGAUUGGAUGUUGAAUUAAAUGGACUUGUCUUCAUUGGUCGACGAGAUUUUCAAGUGAAACUGCGUGGUCAACGUAUUGAACUAGCCGAAAUUGAAUCAGUAAUUCUUCGGUCAUCACUCGAGAUAAUGAAUUGUAUUGUUAUGAAAGAAGGUGUUACAACUGAUAGUUAUUUGUCUGCAUAUAUUCAAGCGAGAGAAGACAACGAAAAUCGUGAUAUUCGGAACGAAACAAUUCAAUUCUGUAAUUUAUAUUUGCCUCCGUAUAUGGUACCCUCGAAAUGGUUCUUUAUCCCAGAAUUUCCACUAAACGUAAAUGGUAAAAUUGAUCGAAAGAAAUUAUCAAGUAUUGGCGAAAUCGCAGAUUUACAUCUGCAAGAUAGACCUAUAAUAACAUUGUCUCCAUUGGAACGAAAGUUGCAAGACAUUUUCUUCCGAGCAUUUCGUCUGGAUUCGCCACCUGAUAUUCGAAUAUCAUUUGGUCAACUAGGUGGUACAUCAUUGGGUGCUAUGCGUGCACUCAUUUUUAUUCGACAAGAGGUAUCUGAGAAAAUAGACAUUGGACUUCUUCUGAAAAAUCCUUCGGUAGAAGAAUUGGCCGCAGCCUUAGAAACAUUUCUCGCUGUAGUAAAGAGUGAUGAAGAGAGUAAAGACGGAGUUGAUGAUGAUAAUGAUGAUGACUUUUCAGUUCGACCUCACCCUUCAUGGAUUAUUGAAACAAUUGGUAUUCUUCUCCUUACAUGUCAAUGGCUGUGGCCAAUCUUUGUAGCAACUAGAUUACACUUUAGUUUCUUUCAAAUUCUACUUAUUCCAUUAAUACAUCUAGUACAAUACCCACUAUUCAUAAAACUAUUUGGCGGACCAAAUCAACAAGGUCGAGACACUCUUUAUACGUGGCGCUACUAUCGUUUAUGGUUUCUACGAUGUCAGUGGUCGCUUAAUAUUUAUUGUCUUGAGUAUUUGCUGGGCACUCCAUUUUACAACGCCUAUCUCCGUCUAUGUGGCGCACGUAUCAGUGAUGGAGCACAUAUUUAUACUACGCACAUUGAUGCACCUUGGUUGUUAGAAGUUGGAAAUGCUACUUAUAUUGGCAGCGAAGUUGUUCUCUCUUCUCUUACGUAUCACGAUCGUAUUUAUGAUUUACACGAAAUUCGUGUUGGAUCUCACUGUUCGAUUGGAGCACGAUGUGUUCUUCAUGAUCGAGCACAGAUACAUGAUGGUGUUUUCUUAGAGCCGUUGACUGCUGUCACAGGUCAGUCCGGUCAGUCUGACGGCAAUAUAUUAGUUGUUGAUUGGAAAACAAAUUGGCGUAUAGUAUUAGCAGUGUCGUUGUGUGGUAACUAUACAAAAUGGGUGAGUUGCUUUUUAAACGGUACACAGUGGCUCGUCAUUGUUCUUCGACGAUUCGGCGCACAUAUUGCUAAUGAUGUUAUUAUCGAUGAUAUGAAAUCACUCGAUGAUGUCCAUUUAGUCACGAUUGGUAGUCAUGCACGUUUAUCAUCGACAUCUAGAAUACAGUGUCACACAUUCGAAGGACGUUACUUGAAACUUCGUCCUGUUACAAUUGGCCCUGCUGCCAUUAUUAAACCAAUGUCAGUUAUCCUACCGGGUGUUACAUUGAUGGGUGACAAUCAUUUGGCACCUUGUUCAGUAGUUCUACCCCACGAUCGACUAGAAGCACACACUGAUUGGUCCGGUUCACCUAUAAAGCGCGUUCUUGUUCAUCAAGGUUUGGGUCCACCACAACAUAUUCUUGCCAAGCGUCAAUCGAUGUUAGGUGAAUAUGAUGUGAUUGUUGGUCGAUUUAACAAUGAUAUACUUACCAUCUAUUUUGGAGAAGAUGGGUGGUUAGAUUGGCAAACAGGUGUAAACUUGCGGCGCCCUUUUCGACCAGAUGAUUUGUGGAUCCGAUUAUUUUUCACAACGUUUUUAUGCAAAUCGAGCGCAAAUCGGGUACUCGUUAUCGGUCUCGGCGGUGGCAUCUUACCCAUGCUCAUUCGACACUAUUUUCCAUCAGUCAUAAUUGAUGUGGUCGAAAUUGACGAAACGGUUAUAGAACUAGCUGUUGAUUAUUUUGGACUUGCCGAGCAAAUAACAGAUGGCUAUUUGAAAAUCAUCGCUGCUGAUGGUUUUCGUUAUGUAAACGAAACAACACAGCGCUAUGACAUAGUUUUUCUGGACGCGUUCACAGAAAAGGUAAUACCUGUUCAUAUAAAUACUCGUCAGUUCUUUACCAAUUUGCAUGGUAUUUUGACUAAUGGUGGUUGCUUGGCAACGAACUCCAAUGUUUCUACAAAUGAAGAAUUUACCCGACUUGUCGAAACGCUUUCGUCAACAUUCGAAGCAAAUCUCUUAUUGGCGCACAGUAAUAUCCUGGAAAAUUCUCGGGUUAUCAUUUCUGGUAGUCGAUCGUCCUUAGCACCAAUUAUUUCACAAGAUCAAGCUGUUCAGGAAGCAAAACGACUUGAAGUGAAUGCACAUUUAGAAUUUGGUUUAUCGCGAUUAAUCUCAUUAGCGUACCGUGGUUUACUUAACGAAAGCGCAUCUGAGAAAUAG